AUGAGUUCCUACUUUGUAAAUCCUCUUUUUUCCAAGUACAAAGGCGGUGAAUCGCUGGAACCAACUUACUACGACUGCAGAUUUCCACAAAGUGUAAGCAGGAGCCAUGCUCUGGUUUAUGGUCCGGGCGCUACCGCUCCCAGCUUCCAACACCCUUCACACCAUGUCCAAGAGUUUUUCCACCAUGGAACCUCCAGCAUCUCUAACUCUGGAUACCAGCAAAACCCAUGCGCCUUGGCGUGUCACGGAGACGCGUCUAAAUUCUAUGGAUAUGAAGCUCUACCAAGGCAGUCGCUUUAUGGUGCCCAGCAAGAGGCGGCCGUUGUACAAUAUCCUGACUGUAAAUCGUCUUCCAACAGUAACUCUAGCGAGGGACAAGGCCAUUUAAAUCAAAAUUCGUCUCCCAGUCUCAUGUUCCCAUGGAUGAGACCACACGCUCCCGGAAGGCGCAGUGGCAGGCAGACUUACAGCCGGUAUCAGACCCUGGAGCUAGAAAAAGAGUUCCUCUUCAACCCUUAUUUGACACGGAAGCGGCGGAUUGAGGUCUCUCACGCCCUGGGACUGACGGAGAGGCAAGUGAAGAUAUGGUUCCAGAACAGGAGAAUGAAAUGGAAAAAAGAAAACAACAAAGACAAGCUCCCGGGGGCCAGGGACGAAGAGAAAACCGAGGAAGAAGGGAAUGAAGAAGAGGAAAAAGAAGAGGAGGAAAAAGAAGAAAGCAAGGACUGAUUUCUCAGCUCCUUGAAGUCUCGUUUUAUGGCAGAUGAUAAAUCGAGAUGUUUACGACGGUCAUUCGCUUUUAUAGAGUAUAGAAUGGAGAGCCUCACACAGCAGUAACUACC